CAGUUGAAGUAGGUUUCUAUUCUUUUUCUACUAAUAAUAAUGUAUAAUUAGGGCUUAAUAAAAUAAUAAUACAACGCAGAUCAAGCUAACAAAUUAAACCCCUGCCCCACCGCACCCAACAUCCUAGAGGUGCUAGAGCUUGAGAGAAUGGAGUCCAAAACGACAACGACGUCCCUGUACGGAGACGGUGAUAGUGAGAGAGGCGCCGGGGGAAAGCUUAGAAAACCGUCCACGAGGAAGUCCCAGCCCACUCCCUAUGCUCGUCCUCCUACGAAUCAGCUGCGCCCCAGCCGCGCCGCCACCGGAGGAUGGUUUUCCAAGAUCGUCGACCCUGCCUACCGCCUUGUAGCUGGCGGCGCCACCAAAUUAUUGCCUUUCUUCUCCAAAAUCCCCGCCGCACUUCCUCCCCCUUCUGAAAAUCCAGAUAUCUUGGACGGGGUUGUAGCAACUAUUGCUGAAGCCAAUGAAAAAUACACUAAUGAUGUACCCCAGUCUAAUGAAAGACCUGGUCCAAAUGAAGUAGCUGCGAAUGGCUUAAAGAGAAAUUGUCAGAGUGACACGUUUGGACAAAAUAAGCCAAAGAGCUGUGACAAUGAUUCUCAAAUUUCCAAAAUUGAGCAGCUCAUAAAAGGGAAAACUUUUUCUAGAGAUGAGAUCAACCGAUUGAUGGAGAUAAUAAGCUCUAAGGCCGGUGAUGUUUCAGAUGUGGAGAGGCAAGAAAAGAACGAAAUCCUGGCCAUUGCAGGACGUACUGAAGGAGGUUUGCUGGCCCCAUUUCCAAAGAUGUCAGAUGAACGAGAUCAGGGGGAUAUGAAGACAGCUAUCGUAAGAACUGCGACAGUUUCCCCGCAGCCGAGUGUGCAAGAUGAAAUUGGCGCAUCACCUAUAGAUAUUGCUAGAGCUUUUAUGGGAAGUCGACUAUCAGAACGGGGUGGUGUUCCUUAUUCUGUAGGUGCUCGUCAAAUUGGUGAUGAAUUUGCAUCAAAGCACUUUAUUUCUUCAUCUUCUCCUCGGUUAUCAACUUGUUGGCCAGGUGCCAUGGCACAGGAAAAACAUCUUUAUACAACACCAAAUCACAGAGGAAGACAUGGACUGCAUGAUUUUCCUAGAACCCCAUAUUCUAGAACUAUUUAUUCAAAGUCCAGGGCCAAGCUGACUCAGUCACAAGCUGAUAGCAGGUACCUAAACACUUCGCCAAUCUCCACGAAGCAAUCUCAAAUGCCGAUCUUUGGACAGGUAAAAUCAAGACAUGAUGUGCUUGAUAGUGGCUAUGGAUCAGUUGGACCAGUCCGUCGCAUGCGAAAUAAACUUGCUUCAGACGCCAGACCAAGAGGGUCUAUUCUUUUUAAGCCUUCUAAAGAUGCUCCUUCACCAAUUCAACAGCCCAUUGCCUUUCAAGGCCUCCUGCCUGAUUUACAGAAGAAUCUGGAACCUGGUGAAGCUAGUACUUCAAGACAACAGCAAGGCAACCAUGCGGGAAAGGGCGUUGGGAAUAACACCCAUGUGAACCCAUCAUGCAGUCAGGCAGUAAAAAGAAUAUUGGAGCAGCUUGAUAGUCGCAAGCCCACACCUCAAGAGAAGGCAGCAGAGAUACGGCUAGCUACUGCGUGGAAGAGAUCUCCUCCUGGGGCUUCCCAUGCUAUGCUGAAGGAAAAUAUCAGCUUCUUAAAUCCUGAAGAAUUUGGUUCUUUAAAGCAAACUGAUUUGCCUGAUCCGAAACUUAUUUCUGAAGGAAAUAAACUUGGAGGCAAUUCAAAGAAUCAAGUAGAAUCCCAGGAGAGAAGUAAAGAAGCUAAAGAUGCUAUAGUCGCAAGUAGUCAACCUCCUGGCAUAAACGAUGGUGAUGCUACAGUGCAAAGUGAUACCAACAGUGGGUCCUUGUUUUCUUUGAAGAGUACUUCUUCUCAACUAAAAAGUUUCCAGGAGAGGUCGAGUCUACAAAACCCUUCCCAGCAUCAGAGUAAUGGGAAGCAUGUCAGAACGUCACAGAGUGAAUCAGGCCUUGAGCCAUCAAAGAAGCCACCACCACACUCAUCUGGGACAAGGCCGACUUUGCCACAAAUUUCUGUUGGGAGGCACGAUCUGAGUCGUGCCGUGUCAUCUGAUAAUGGCUCUGCAUUUGCCUUCCCUGUAUCCGCCUCGUCCAGUAUAUUGUCAGAGCCACCAACACCCUCCGUCAUGCCAUUCUCUUCGAGUGAGGUGGUAUCUCAGCCAAAUGAAUUGCCUGCAGUUCCUGCUUACAGUUUUGGCACUAAGAGGUCAACUCCAGCGCUUGUGUUUUCAUUCCCAUUCCCCUCGACAAGUAGUGCCUCUGCUCAAGUUGAUGCAGACGAUCUUAAGUUCAGCUUCGGAUCCGACAAGAAGACUAGGCUGUCCUUCGGUUCGUUAGGGAAAGAUGCUAUCUGCUACUAAGAUGGCGAUAUAUCCAUAGUAAGAGUUCCUCUUUCGUUAUUGGGACGAUGCUGAUUUCUUUUCUUUUAAAUAUUGAUUCACAUUAUAAAUGUUACCUCUCAAAUGCGCUCAAUUUUAGGAAUCGGUUAAACUAAUUUUCCAAAAGAAAAAAAAAAGGGGCAUUGGUUUGAUUAAUAUAUCGAAAUUGAUGGGUUAUCUGUUUUGAA